GUCGAGAAUGUGAACAUAACCUAAAAGUGUCAAUAACUCGUGGCCCCUCGUGUUGAUCAGUCUCAGUGUUUAUCGUGUUCUAUUUUCCCAGUAGAAUUUAAAUUUUUAAAAGAAUUUUUACAUACUUAAAUAUUAAAAUGACACUUGAAAAAAGGGAUUAUAUUGUUUGGAUGGAUUUGGAAAUGUCUGGCCUCGAUCCUGUAAAUGACAAAAUUUUAGAAGUAGCUUGUCUCAUAACUGACGGUAAUUUAAAAAAAGUGAGCGACGAAUUUCAUAUUAUAAUUCAUCAAUCAGACGAAGUACUCAAUGGAAUGGAUGAAUGGUGCACGGAACAUCAUGAAAAGACCGGAUUGACAAAUGCUUCGAGAAAUAGCACAGUAACAAAUUCCGAUGCUGAAUCAAGAUUGUUAAAAUUUUUACAAAAGAACAUUCCACAAAGAACAUGUCCACUUGCUGGAAAUUCGGUUUAUAUGGAUCGAAUGUUUCUCACAAUGCACAUGCCAUUAGUCAAUGAAUAUUUACAUUAUCGAAUAAUUGACGUUUCAACUGUCAAGGAACUUGUGAGACGCUGGAAUCCUUCUGUUUUUAAGAAUACACCACGUAAAAAAUUGUGCCACCGUGCACUCGAUGAUAUUAUAGAAAGUAUACAAGAGUUGGAAUAUUACAGAAAAUUUAUAUUUUAAUUAUGGAAUUAAUAGGAAUUAAUU